CUAUAAUUUGACCCAUCAUUAUGCGGAACUAUUGCGUUUUCUACUACAGGUUGUAUGGAAGGAUUUACAGAGUGGACUCGACCCAGCUUCCUGCUUGACUUACAUCUCCAGGAAAGAACAACAGUGCAGGUGGAGGGAUGAGCCUCUUCCCUGUGAUUGGCACAGAUGUGCCGGAAGCAGCCAAUGGGGUGGAUACACCAGGCUCCCCUGGAUCCUGUAAUGUGAAUGGCCCGUACACCCAUGCCCCUAAUACCCCUGCACAGCUCCUGAAGUUUGGGGGUAGGGUGCCCUGUCCUGGGCAGGGAUCCCUUGAUGAGACUGAGAACUGUGUGGAUGGGGAGAGCGCAUGCGAUGGACAAGAAAACCCCAUAGACACUUCUCACAACUCCACAACCCAUUCGGACACACAGCAACACAGCGACAUGUUCCCAGCCCAUCCCUCCCUCCCCCUUGCCACAUGCACAGCAGACACAGAGCCAGACCCACACGAGCCCCCCAAAGACAUGUCCCUCACUGGACCCUCCCAAACAAGUAUGCCCCUAAACGAGACUCUGUCUGGAGACUGGCAGCACACAGGCACUCCAUCCAAAGACACAGCCCCAGAGGGGGACACUCACAGUGCAGAUAAAAAGCAGUCCGAGACAAAGCACACAAAGCCUUCUAGCUUCUGUGCUGUAGAAACCGAAGAGGAAAAGGAGGUGGAGGUGGAAGAGGAGUGUGAAAAGGAUGGCAAGGAGCAGCAUGCAGGAAACACACAGGCUGAAGUCUCAGCUGAGCUUACAGAGGAGCCCUCGGCAGCAGCUCCCAGCCCCAGCUCUGUUCCAGCCGAGGGGGGGGGGUCGUCAGCGGCAGCUCCCAGCCCCAGCUCUGUCCCAGCCGAGGGGGGCGAGUCGUCAGGCAACAGCUCUUGUCCGCCCCACGUCAUGGCCCAGGUGCGCGUGCGGAACGUCCCAGAGCGGGAGCGCAUUGUCCGGGGCAUGCAGGACAGCAAGAGCCUGGACGAGAUCAGCCAGGCAUGCAUCGGAGGGGCCCGGGGUGGGGGUCGGGGGGGCCAGCCAGAGGGCCGCAGGGCCACCAUCUCCUCUGCCCUGGAGCUGGAGGGAACAGUCAGCCACGACGGGGACCUGACCCACUUCAUCUGCCGCAACCUGGAGCAGAAGAUCAAGAUGAGCUCAAAGCCCAGCCUGGACUGUGACUGCGACUCGGACUGCUCGGGUUCCAUCAGCAGUAGAGGUCAUGGGUCGUCGUCGCGGCGGCCGGUUGACAUCCCUCCCAUCGACCCUGCUGUCUUGGUGGACCUGCAGAGACACACAGAGGAAGUCGCCCACAGUGUGGAGCUAAUGAUGCGCAGCCUCAACGGAACCAUCCAGAACAUGACAGCGCUGAGUGUGGGCUACAUCCAGACCUAUAGAGACUCUGUGGACAGCCUGGGGGAGUCUGUGGACAUGAGCAUAAAGGGAAUGUACACACUGAUGGCGCGCUGUGAGGAGCUGGACCGCUCUAUGCAGCCCAUCCACACUCUGGCCGCCCAGAUCCGGGACAUCAAGCGCACCCUGGAUGCCCUUGAGGCCAUCUGCAAGUAGCCCUUCCCCUGGAAACUCCUCCCCCAGAGAUCCUCUUCCACUGCAGACCCUUUUCUAACCUAACGACCCCCCCCCCCUCCCCUACUAAUCAUGCUAGCUUCAUGGAUGAUCCGCUCCUCACCUCUCCCCAUGUCGACGUCAUGCUUCAAACCCCUCCCCCACGCUCUCGGCUAGGAGCCCCUCCCCCUGACAGAACUUGAAGGAAACGGAGCACUUGAUGCUUCUCUUAUUGCCGUCCGACCCACCUGGUUAAGAUUGUACUAACUGCUGCUGCCCACACGGGGGCACUCUCUCUCUCGUAUGGAGAGUGAGCUUCAGGAACAGAUGAGAUGGUUUAGAUGUUAGUCACUUCAUAGGCAGGUUGCUUAACCUAGUGAGACGAGACACAGGUGAGGGUGUGGGGGUACAUAUGUCGUAUAAGUGGCAGUCCCUCCAGAUGUCAUGUUACGUACCUGUUACCAACCGAAAGCCAUUUCCUGCGGAGCUCUCCGAUCCCGAGAUAAUAUGUUGCGCUUUAGGAGACUGUGGUACCUUCUGUCAUUUUACAGGUUGGCUGGUAGGUAGGUACUAAGUAGGUAGGCCUGUUCUUGAUAUCGAACAUAUCUAUUUUGCCUAAAUAGUGUUUGCCAUGGUGGGAAGUUGUGGACAGCCGUUACAUGUAGCGUGCCGUUACUGGCUUGUACCGUGAAGGACUUGAAUGCUACCAGAUGUCACCAGAUCUGCUGAAGCCCCACCUAGACGAGAAGGCAGCACCCUCACACUGGAUAUACAGUGCCUUCGGAAAGUAUUCAGACCCCUUGACUUUUCCCACAUUUUGUUUUACGUUACAGCCUUAAUCUAGAAUUGAUCAUUUUCUCCUCAUCAAUAUACACACAAUACCCCAUAAUGAC